AUGGAAGGGGCCACCCAAUGGAUUGGGACGACCGCGCGAAUGGCUGGGCACCAGUGGUGCCAGAAGUGCUGGUGUUCGGCCCCGGCGUCCGGUGCGAGGUUGCAGGCUGUCGAUGCGCGCCGCGCCUGCUGGCGGCUGACGGUGACGAGGCUGAAGCAACACAUGAUGGACCCGUCCGAGAAGGACGCGCCCGUAGCGCCGCAAGAGGCGGACUUGCUGCGUCCGUACCAGUCCGCUUCUCUACCAGCAGCAACGGACGCGAUUGACCAGAGUACACUUUCGCUCCGACACUUUGCCACAGCCCCCGCGGACACUCCGUCACCGUCUCCGCAAGCUCCGCGACCACCUGCGGAUACGCCGCUCGGAUCUUUUGACUCUGCGCUGGACCCCCCUCCCUGGCGCGCGGAACGCGCCAGGGGCGGCACCAGAGGCGCCGCUACGGGAAGCCCGGCGCCGAUCCAAGAACUCCGCUCCCGUCCCCACGACGACGACGACGACGUUGCCAACGCCUCCGCGGACAUCUCCACGUCGGAGGGCCCAGCCAGGCGAGCCAGGGAAGGUUUGCGCUGGUCACCGGUGUGUGGGCGGGCUUGUCAGGCAGGGCCCCUUGUAGUCGAUGGCGAUCGUAUCCUUUCACGAGAUUUGACAGGGGGUCCUGCUGCAGCAGACGACGAUGUCUUGUCACGGUCAUCUCGUGGGUCAAGAGUCACUCAAGCAGUUGUGGACGAUUCGGGCGAGAGGCCUGCCACCAUCGACCCGCUGGAGGCAGCGCACGCAUGCCGCGCGCGGCGCCUCAUCAUGCAGGAGCCGCCUCAAGACGCAGAGGAGGCGUCGUGGCAGGACGCAGAUUUGGACGACGAUCUUCUCAACGAGAAGAUUAUGCUGAUGACCAUCUCACGUAAUCCCAAAGAGCUGGCAGAUGCCUUACACAGAGGACGUGAUCUGGAAGCACUGGUGAAGUUCAACGAAUCAGAGGGUUACUCCUGUAAGUAUCAGGGCGUCCACAUAUUCGUGCACCCCAAGCAGUUCGUGCACGUCCGUGUUCUGUUGCAGCGAAUGGCGCCCCUGCCGAAGCCAUAUCAUAUAGUAGUUUCUGAAACGUACGAGCCGCUUGUAAGGAACGCGUUGAAGAGGCUGAGGUCUCGUCUUGAUGUGCGCCCGAAGACAUCUGAGCCGCUGAUGGUGGUUAGGAAACCGUCGGGCCCGCUUCCCUACAGUGUGAUGCUUGAUAUUGACGGUGACGGCGAGGAUCUCGUUCUCGUACACAACACCUUCUUGUCGAUUCCAGGGAAGCAUAGUAGGAAGCAGAGAUUAUCAUCCUGCAUUAAUUCAUCUCCAAGCGCGAGCAUAAACCCUCGUGCUGUGGCUGUCCCGGGGAGCUCGUGCAGCUCGUAG